CAAGCCUCCCUCAUUCCCUUGUACUGCGACGCUAACAAGAUGCCGGCCGUUCAUCACAAGCUGCUGCUGGAGGACGCCCUGCAGGACAGUCCUCAGACUCGCUCUCUGCUCAGUGUGUUUGAGGAAGAUGCCGGGAUGCUCACAGACUACACCAACCAGCUGCUGCAGUCCAUGCAGCGGGUCUUUGGAGCUCAGAGUGAAAUGGGUCUGGCCACAGAGCAGCUCUCAAAGCAGCUGCUGGAAUAUGAGAAGAAAAAUUUUGCCCUUGGAAAAGGUGAUGAAGAGGUAAUCACCACGCUGCAGAGCUUCGCCAAAACUGUAGUGGAGCUGAACUCGCUCCACUCAACGCUAGCCAACCAGAUGGCCGACAGCAUGGUCUUCCCCUUGAUCCAGUUCCGAGAGAAGGACCUCACAGAGAUAAGCACACUGAAGGAAAUAUUUGGCAUCGCCACUGAUGAGCAUGAGGCAACUAUGGUGAAGUACAGCCGACUGCCCAAGAAGAAGGAGAACGAGAAGCUAAAGACAGACUUGGUGAAGGAAGUGGCUUACACUAGAAGGAAGCAGCACCAGGCCUCACUGCAGUAUUACUGCGCCCUCAACGCCCUGCAGUAUCGCAAGAGAGUCGCUAUGCUGGAGCCCAUGUUAGGCUACACACAAGCACAGAUCAGCUUCUUCAAGAAAGGCAUCGAGCUGGUGUCCAAGAAGAUGGACAACUUCCUUUCUUCUGUGUCCACCAUGACACAAAGUAUCCAGGCCCAGCUGGACACGGAGGCGGAGGCCAUGCGUGCGUCCCAGAGGGAGCUCCUCUCAGUGGAGGACACUGUCUACAUGCCAGAUAAGGACACUGAGCCUGUCAAUCGCACACUUAUCCAGAAGGCCGGCUACCUAAACAUAAGGAAUAAAAUUGGCCUGGUGACCACAGCCUGGGAUCGACUGUUCUUCUUCACCCAGGGAGGGAACCUCAUGUGCCAGCCGCGGGGGGCCGUGGCCGGGGGCAUGGUGCUGGACCUGGACAACAGCUCUGUCAUGGCGGUUGAGUGCGAGGACAGACGCUACUGCUUUCAGAUCACCUCCCCCUCUGGCAAAACGUCGAUGAUUCUGCAAGCGGAGAGCAAAAAGGAGUAUGAAGAGUGGAUUUGCACCGUGAACAACAUCUCCAGACAGAUCUACCUGACUGAAAACCCAGAGGCUGUGGCCAUUCGACUGAACCAAAGUGCCAUCCAGGCUGUCACGCCCAUCACCAGCUUUGAGAAGAGACAAGAAGGCUCUCCUAACCCCGACAGAGCGAAGCCCGGAGGAGUAAACGCUGGCAGCCGUGGCUCUCUGAAGACGGGAGCUGCUCCUGAGCCAGAGGACCUGAUCGCCCCUGGUACACCCAUUCAGUUUGAUAUCAUGCUCCCGGCCUCUGAGUUUCAAGACCAGAACAGAGCCGGAGGGAGACGCACAAAUCCGUUUGGAGAAACGGACGAUGACUGUUCAACAGAAAGUGAUGACUCCCUCCUGCAACAGGUGUUUGCCGUGCGCUUCCUGGGCUCCAUGGCGGUUCGUUGUGGCGACAACCAGGAGGUGAUCUAUGAGGCCAUGAGGCAGGUGCUGGCUGCCCGAGCCAUACACAACAUCUUCAGGACCACAGAGUCGCACCUCAUGGUCACCAGCAGCAGCCUCAGGUUGAUUGACCCUCAGACUCAAGUUACAAGAAUAAGUUUCCAGCUCGGAGAGGUGUGCCAGUUUGCAGCCCACCAGGAGAACGGGAGGCUGAUGGGAUUUGUGGUGGAGGGCAGAGACUGGAGUGACGGAGACGAGGAGGGAGAGCCCUCGUUCAGCGCCUUCGUGUUUGAGAGCAACACAGAGGGCGAGAAGAUAUGUUACACCAUCAGCUUGGCCAAGGACAUUACAGAAGCCAAGAAGGACCCCGAGGCUCUGGCUCAGCUGAUGAAGAAAAUGCCGCUGACCAACGAUGGCCAGUUCCUUCUGCUGGAGCCUGAGACGGACGACAUCACCAACGGAGCCGGACAAGAAGACUUGGAGUCUGAGGCCUAGCCAGAGGAAAGGGGCCUCACAGGCUUAUUUGAACCCAGGAGAGAGAAGACUUUCCCUGGAUGAACAUUUCAUCAUGACCCACCCUAACUGCUACUGUAAGCCCCAUAUUAGAAAGUGUAGUUCACCUCCAGCUGUUUGCUGUGAUAACAGAAGGAGGCGACAGGGUGGGUUACCGGUUCCAUCUGCUUUUCUACGGUCACACUGUAACAUGGGUGUCUGGCUUUGGUUUUUCUUGUCUAUACACCACUGUGGCUGUUACAUCGAAAAGGGAUUUAAUAUAGGUACUAAUUGUGUUUCAUUUUCUAAUUCUACUGCCAUCGAACGCAAGUUGGUGGAUCAUCCCCUUCAGUUUAGGUUUACAUGUACUUUUAGGUUUACACAGUUUGAAGACUGUAGAGUUUAUUUCUUUACUUUGACUCUUGUGUUAACGUUGAUGUAAGAGACUCUCAUGCAACUACUUUUUAUUAGUCCCGUACAAAAAAAGACUAAUUGCACUUCUUAAUACUGACACUUAACGGCUACAGAAAGCACUAACUGAGCCAAUUGAACGAUAUAUGACAAAUAGGGUUUAACAUGUCAGUUAAUUUAGUAAUUAUUAUAACUGUGUGUGAAGGUUUGUCUUGAAGCAGUCAGCAUGAGUGAAGUUACUCACGACUGACACACUGAGCCGUCUUACGAUUGAAUUGACGUCACGUCCGACAGAAACGAUCACGUCCCCGUGCGAAUCAGGUGUUGAGAUGUUCCGCGUGUCACGUCCUCCCGAGUCCUCUUUUUUUUGUAUAAUUAAAAACUUCUUUGCACUUCAUUCCCCGAGAGCCUGUGUAAAUAUGAUCUGUCUGAGCGUCUGUGUGAUGUUUAACCAGUCGGCUGCAUUAAAAGCUUUCAGAGUCCAUGUACAUUGGACUGAUUAUA